AUGGGCGCCAGGUUUUCGAGGAAUAAAAUCGAGGAGCCGCAGAUGUUUGAGCAUGAUGAAUGGGGAAGCGAUAUUGAUGAGCAAUUUUGUGGACCUGGAAAAAUUUGUGGAGGUGAGCUAUUUUUGUUUGAAGAUUACCUAUUUCUUGUGAACUAGAAAUCUAGAAAUGCUCAGAUUCAAAAUAUUUUUUUUUGAAAAUUAUGUGACGUGGAAAAAAAUUGGUCACGUCUGACAAAAAAUAAUUUAUUUUUUAUUCAAAAAAAAUUGUUUUUUUUCAGAUGAUUGGACGCCUCUUUCUCUGACUCCCGAACCUGAAUCUGAACUAGAUCUCGAUGCUCGAAAUGAUCCUGAAGCAAUUACACAUCAGCCACUUGGAACAUCUUAUGAUUCAUUCAUUUUACCGGAAGAUCCAGGAUUUUUGGAGAGUUUAGAAGUUCAAAAGGAAAUGAUUGUUCCAUCAAAGAGAUCGAGAAAGAAGAAAGCUAAGCCCAAGAAGCCUAAAAAAUCUAAGUCAAAGCUUAACAAGAUCCACGUCAUCAUAGACAUCGACAAUUCUCAAAGAAUUGAAAGAACCGUAGAUCUUACCAAAGAUCAAAACCCAAUCAGGACUCGACAUGUCUCCAAGACUUCGAAGAUUCAUCACAUCCCAGUGAAGAUUCUGAAUAAGCCAGUGAACAUUUCAAAAACAAGAGGACUUCAGAAGAUUCCCAAAGUCCUGCCACCUUCACCAUAUAAAAUUCGAGAUCAAGAAGAUCUCACACGGCCUAGAUUCAUUCAAAAACAUCGGAGCGAGAUAGUUUAUACGCGAGCCGUUCCGCCGAAUCGAUUCAGAGGAAUGAAAAUCGAACCGCCUGAUCCAUUCAGGAUUCGGAGGGUUAGCUAA